AUGAUCUAUCUCAAGUCUAUGCUCAGAGUCAUUGAUAACUCUGGAGCUCAAAUGGCAGAAUGUAUCAAAGUCUUAAGAAAAGGCUCGCCAAAAUCACCAGGCAAGAUUGGCGAUAAAAUCGUAUGCGUAGUUCAAAAAGCGAGACCAUUGACUCAGAAUAUCACAGGCACAUCAAGCACUAACCGAGUGAAGAAAGGUGAUAUUGUACACGCGGUAGUAGUGCGCACAAAACAGAAGAAUACGAUGCGUGGCGACGGCUCCGCAGUGAGUUUUGGAGACAAUGCAUGCGUCCUCAUUAACAAGAACAGCGGUGAGCCGCUGGGUUCCAGAAUCAUGGCAAAUGAUGGUUGCGUGAGUAGAGAACUGAGGGAAAAGGGCUUCAAUAAAAUUUGCUCGCUGGCAAGCAGGGUCAUUUGA